CCCGAGAUAUUCUUCAAUAAGCCCGAAGUUCAAACCCAGCUAGGGGUUGAUAAACAAUGGCAUAAGAAUAACGAAGAUGUGCUUGACGCCUUUCUAAAGUACACCGCUUAUGAUACAACAUCGUUCGUAACUCACCUCCUCGACAAAGGUUUGAAG